AUGAGAGAACCAAUUAGAACAAAAACAAAAUCUUUUUCUGGCACUCAAAGUGAUUUCAAAUUCCCUACACAAAUAUCCGGUAUUGAAGACCUAAAAGAUUCAUUAACUUCACCCAGGUCAAGAUUAAUACCCAAUUGCUCAACGAAUAAUAAAUAUUAUAUGAGUAACCAUUAUUUACUAAACGCAGUCGUGUCUGCUCAAAUGUUAACCCAUAAUCCAAUUGAUGAAAAGAGACCUGUUGUAGAUGUGGUUAAAAAGAAAAAUAACAGUAGAACCAAAAAGAAACUGAUUAAUACUACCGUUGUCAAUGACAACACGAAAGCCCCUGCUAAUAUUUCCACCGACACCAGCCAAACAAAUAAUUGUAUAAAUGACAAACUACAAACUAUAAGCAAUGUUCCCAGAGGAAACAGUUUUAAAAGACUAAACAGCACUAGAUAUAGUAACAGUAUAAGGAGAAUGAGUAGCACGAGAAGUAAUAAUAAUAGCACUUAUACUCGUUACCAUAACAUGAGUUCUAGCAGAAGAAGACUAUCCCAAAAAAAUUCAAAUAUAAUAUUAAAAGCUACUUUGGACGAAUCAAAGAGCGAAACAUCAAAUGGUACAAAAUAUACCACAAACAGUUCCUUGGGCAGUUAUUCAUUUGCCAAUAUUUCCGAUAAUACAACGGAAAAUUUAUUAUCUUCACCAAAAUCGAAAAAGAGUAGUGAUGCUCCAAGUAGUAAUGUUAGUAGUAACAAUAAACUAAAAUCAAAUUCAAUUAAAAGACAGACCACUGGGUUGGAAAGCAAGUCAUCACUUUCGACAAAUGUCUCAUCACAACAAGCACAAGAUUUAAAAAAAACGGAAAGUUCGAUAGAAGAUGAAAAAAACGAAUAUCCCAUUACUACUAAACGCAAUACCUCUGGUAUUUACAAAACUUUUAGUUCCUAUCGUUCAAUGAUGAGCUCUAAUAGUUUGAUAUCUGAUUUAGGCAGUGAACCAGAAAUUUUUAAUGCUCCAGAAACCAAACCUUCUAUCUUAGGAUUAAAUAAAAUUACCGAAGAUAUGGUACAAACCGAUUUUUAUGUCAAUGAAGAAAGAGAAGAAGAAAAAAGAGAAGAAGAAAAAGGAGAAGAAAAAGGAGAAGAAAAAGAAGAAAAAGAAGAUGAAAAAGAAAAAAAUAAGAGAGAAAAACAGAAAAAAGGGGAAGAGAAAGAAAUAGACAAUGUCAAUACCCCUAAACUUAUGUCUAGUAUCUCCGCUAAGCCAUCCGUAGUAAGGAUAAGACAGAAACCUAGUAUGAAUAAUAGAAGUUUAACAGAACGUUCAUCAAACGCUGCUACCAAUAGAUAUGCUUCGACUGUUAUUAAUGCCAAUAGUUUUACUAAUAACGUUGCCAAUAUUAAUGCAGCUACUGCUGAUGACGAUUUUGUUGUUAUUAACUUAACUGAUGAAGAGGGGUUAAAUUACGAUGCCAGUGAGAAACAGAGCACAAUUACAAAGAAUCCACUAUGCAAAUUGAAAAGAUCCAAAGCUAUUCGUUGCAAAGGUGGUUUAUUAAGAUACUUUAUGAAAUUUGGCACCUUCACCAAAAAAAGAUUAAAAAAAUUGAAAUUAGUUAUUAGUAAAACAUUGCAUCGCACAAAGAGGAAAUCUAAACAGUUUUCAAGGUCACCCUCUACUAUAUCUAGACGCAAAACCAGCGAAAAGACCCAACAAUUCAAAACCACAAACCAUUUACAAAGAGCCAAUAAUAAUUUAUUUUACGGUGCAGGUGGUAAUAAUAAUAUUAAAAGAAGCAUGUCAACAUUGUUAAGUCAUUCAACCAAUUCAGUGGGUAGGAACAUGAGCCAGCUGCUUAAUUCCUCUGCCCAAUCAAUUGCAAGAAAUGAUACUAGUGUCACCAAUAGUACCAACAAUAACCUCAAUACCAAUAUUAUACAUCACACUAGUUUUAAAAGAACGUCAUUAAGAAGAUCUCCAUCAUCUAUUAAAAGAGCUGUUUCUAUAUUAGGAUCCAAUAGCGUUUUAAAUCGUACUGAAACAAUAAGUACUGCUACUUUGAACAAUAUCAAUAACAAUAAUAUUCCAUUAUCAGACUCUAGAGCCAAUUCUAUAACUUCUUCUGUCGCAUCCAGUGCUGUGGGCAAGUUUAAUCAAUCGAGACCAACAUUGAGAUUAAAUACUUAUCUUCCAUCAGUCGUUUCUGCUAGAUCACCAUCUGUUGUUGUGCAAAAUAAGGUUAUACCAUUGGAAUCUUUCCAUGAAGAAAUGGAAGAUGACAUGGUUGAAGCAAGGAAGACAUUAAUGCUAAAUAAAAAAACUGAUUUACUGUUUAAACCAAAUAUUAUUAUCAAUAAUAUCACUGAAGAGGAAGAAGAAGAAGAGGAGAAGGAGGAGGAAGAAGAAGAGGAGGAGAAGGAGGAGGAAGAAGAAGAGGAGGAGAAGGAGGAGGAAGAAGAAAAAGAGGAGAAGGAAGAGAAAGAAGAAAAAGAAAAAGAAGAAAAGGAAGAAAAAGGAGGACAAAAAGAGGAAUACAUUAUAAAUACCGACAAGAUGGCUAGAUACAAAUCACAAUCAAUUUUUCAAUCCGAACACUCCUCUAUUAUCAAUGUUUCUGAAUUUGAAGACGCUUUAAGUUCCCAGAACUUAUUUUUACCAGAAGAUGAACAAUUUGAUUUCACAAAUGUUCCAACUAUUACCGACUUUACUGACAUUAAAGAUGAAUUAACUGCUAUUAAUCAAAUGAAAUUUAACAAUGAAUGUAAUGAACUGGAUGAUAAUGAAAGUGAUAUUGAAAUCAUUGGUGAACUUACUCACAAAAGAGCGGCAAGCUCAUAUUAUUCUGUUAUGCCAGAUAUUUUUAAAGAAGAAAAUGAAAUUGUCAGUGAUAAUACUAAUCCAGAUACAUUGGUUGCUGACAACAUAACCACUGAAGAAGAACAAGAAGAAAACCAUAUGACUUAUUCAGAAAAAGAAAAAUCUGAAUAUGCAGAUAUGUUGAAAAAUUAUUUAACAAAAAUCAUACAAAAUCGUAUUUUAUUACAAUUGAAAAUAUCUGUUUUAGAAAACAAUAAUGAAGCAAAUGAACAAGUACAAGCUUUAAUACAUCAAGCUAUGGGGAGUGACUAUGAAGGUUCUACUCAAAAUGAAAGCAACACUGAUAUUGAAUGUUACGAUUUAACUGAUGACAAGUAUACCCAUGCUAUCUGUGAUAUAAAGGGCAACGAAUCGAUCUAUGAUAACGAGGAAGAAUACAUUUUGAAAAUGAAAACUAGUACCACCAGUUUUGUCAAAGCGGCAAGUUUAAGAGCAUCUGAUAGUUUUAAAAGGACUUUAACAGUUAGAUAG